GUUGAAGGUAUACGUCCGCUGGUGGCGGACGAUGUGAAAUCGUUUAGAACGACAAAAUACGAUUUUUAUUUAUUUUGUUACGUUUUCGAAUAUAUAAUCGUGUGCUACAAGAUUUUACAGUGAUAUUUAAUAAUUUUUGUGAGAAUUGUGUUGUAAAAGUGAUUGUUUCUGUUUCUUCGGGAUAGAUUUGAACAGGUGAUGCCCUCCAAUACACCCCGGAUGGAUCGAUAUCGGUGACUUUGAGUUUUUGAGUAUUAUUUACUCGGAAGACCUGGUGGUGGACAAUGGAGAAGUCAGCCCGACCGCGAACCGCCCUUAACGAAUGUGUAAAGGUCGUGGUGCGAUGUCGGCCUCUCUCGGAAAGAGAGAAAAAAGAGGGUUACGAUGAGGUGGUGAAGGUGUGGCCGGAGCGAGGGGCCGUGCAGGUUUACAACCCCAAGGGAGAGGACAAGCUGUUCACGUACGAUGCCGCGUACGACUCUAUUGCCGACACACAGACCAUUUACGAUGAGAUGGUCCGUCCUCUCGUCGCGUCCGUUCUGGACGGUUUCAACGGCUGUGUGUUCGCGUACGGGCAGACUGGCACAGGCAAGACCCACACCAUGGAGGGGACCCCUUCGGACGAGGGCAUCAUCCCCCGCACCUUCCACCACAUCUGGGCCCACAUCGAGAACACCGCGUCGCCGGACGUCACGCAUCUCGUGUCGUGUUCCUACGUGGAACUGUACCUCGAAGAUGUCCGUGAUUUGCUGUCAAAGGAUUGCAAGAAGCUGACCAUAAGAGGGCAGGAGCUGAACGGCUUCUACAUACCAGAGAUGACUUCAAUAGUGUGCAAGUCGGCGUCGGAGAUGGUCCGCGUGAUGAAGGCGGGCAACAAGCUCCGCGCGGCCGGCCGCACCGACAUGAACGAGCACUCCUCACGCAGCCACGCGGUCUUCCUCGUCACCGUCGAGACCGCUCAUCGGGCUAACAAUAGGAUUCGCGUCGGCAAGCUAAACCUGGUAGACUUGGCGGGCAGCGAGCGACAGCGCAAGACUGGAGCCAGCGCGGACCGGCUUCGGGAGGCGGCGAGGAUCAACCAGGCCUUGUCCUCUCUGGGGAACGUCAUCUCCGCGCUGGCUGAGAAUAGCCCUCACGUGCCAUACAGAGACUCAAAACUGACACGCAUCCUGCAAGACUCCCUAGGCGGCAACAGCAAGACGAUCAUGAUCGCCAACAUCGGGCCCGCCUGCUACAACUACGACGAGACCAUCACCACGCUUCGGUACGCGCACCGAGCCAAAGCGAUAAAGAACAAGCCAGUCCGCAACGAAGACCCGAAAGACGCCAAACUCCGCGAGUACCAGGCGGAGAUUGAGAGGCUGCGCAUGCUCAUCGAGCAGCGGAAAGUGGCGGACAGGAAGCCGCUGAAGAAGGCCAGGCCGGUCCGGGCCGGGAAACUUAACAGCACUGCUGAUAGUUCCGAACUUGAAGAAGAAACAGUAAGCAUAGAAAACGAGCACAUCCUUGCAGAAUCCACUAUAGAACAGGAGAAAUGCAAGACGGAAGAGUUAGAGCAACAAAUACGAGCACUGGAAGACAGACUGGUCCAGGGAGGGGGAGGAAAAGACUUGAUAAACAACCUCAAUGAGAGCCAGAUUAUACUGGAGCAGAGAAACAUGGAGAUAGCCGAGAGGAAGAAACGGGAAGUGGAGAUGCAGCAGAAGAUAGACUUGGAGGAGGAGACGACGGCGAUCGUGACGAACACGUUUGCGACGCUACAGCAGGAGGUGGACCAUAAGACGCAAAGAUUAAAAAAGUGCCUGUCGAAGUACGCGUGCCUCCGCGAAGAAAUGGUUGAACAACGCGAGGCGCACGACAGCGAGCGGCGCGAGAGAGAACAAUUGCAGGCGGCGUUGGUGGGCGAGCUGCGCCGCCGCCUGCUGCUGGCGGACAGCUUCCUGCCGCAGGCGGGGCGGCCCGCCGCGCUGCGCCUGCGCUACAACGAGGACAGCGACUGCUGGGAGCUGCCCGAGCACAGUGGCACGGAGCCGCUAGCGGAGCGGCCGCUGGCGGCGCCGGGGCGGCGGCGCGCGAUGUGCUCCCUCAGCGCGGGGGCGACAGAGCCUCGGCGCCGCGCCGACAACCUGCUCGACCUGCAGCCGCUGCCGCUGCCCUCCACCACGCGGCCCUACCGCGUCACGCAUACUAGUCACACGCAGAGAUCGGUAACGCCGGUGAAGAAGGAGCCGGACAUCCCGGCCGCCCCCCGGCGCGCCGCGCCCCCCGCGGCCCCCGCCCCCGCGCCCCCCGCGGCCCGCGCGCGCCGCGCACACACCGCGCGGCUCGGCACGGCGGGCGGCCGGUAGGAGGGAGGGAGUACGGCCUGAAACCGAUUGUCAACAAUCUCUUAGAACAAUGCGACAACAUAGUUUUUCGACAAAGUAAGUUGGCCGAAAGGACUUUAAUCUUUGGACGAUUCGUCGACAGAAUGAACUUUUUUGUUGGCGAAUCGUACAAAGAUAAAAUAUCCAGUCUUUCAACUUCUAGAAACGAAAAAUUAUGUCGUCCAAUUAUUCUUAGAUCAAACGCCAGUCGAAAACAGUUUCAGACUAGUGAAUAGAACUCAUCUUUGCGUGUCCCCGGUUGUAACCUCCGUCGCCGUGCUUCGGGGUCUGGAUUUACUAAGAAGGUAUAGACACGUUCGGGAGUUAUUGUUGGGAAUCGAUCGCGGGGUAAUACGGACGGAGUUAAUCAUGUAGUGUCAUGAAUCAAGAAAAAAUAUAGUUAUGAUCGUAUGAUCGCUUUUGUCAGGCGUCAAUCAACUUACUUCCUAAAAGCAAAAUGAACGUAAACAUUACGUUACGAAUACAAUGACAUUAUGCGAUUAAGUACUGUAGAAAGAAUUUCCACAAAUGUAAUACGAAUUUUAAGAUUCUUAUAUAUUAGUAAAUCGAGAACCUUGAUUUGAUGGAAUAAAUGACAACACAAUGAAGACCUUAGCCAAUACUCUGUUCGUGUUAUCAAAACGCAAACACAACCCAAUAAAUCAGCAUGAAAGUCUAUCGAUGAGUCUUAAGUUGAAAACUGGCUGCUGUCAAACAGGUACUUGUACAUAACCCCUGCUCGUGUGCGUUUCUAAGUUACCGAAUUGAAAAAUAAACCGUGAUGUGAUCUCAUCGUGUAAGUUUCAGUAUUGCAGAAUGAUGCCGCUUGUAGUUUAUUCGUAAGGCUGUGUGCGAGCGCCUCGUCACGCCGAUAUGUUAUAAAAUGCCCGAUUUUUUUAUUAUUUUCUACCGUUGUUAUUUUUGUAAAUUUUAUUUUCUACUCCGUCGCUUUUCAUCGUGAAGCGAGUGAUAUUAGGUAGUUUGUUAUAGUGUUCGUUCAAAUUGAUAUGUAUAACGUGAAAUUGUAUAUUUUCAAUUAAUUUUUAGUAUUUUAUACUCGAUGGCUGCGAAUGGCGUAUAUUGCAACGCGUUACCAAAGAAACGGCCCAUUCCAUGAUUUAGUUGUUGAUAUUAACAUUAUGUACCAGUGAUCAUGUUCCUUUACGCACGUAAAUUUUGUAAGUUUUGUUGUGAAUAUAUUAUUUAUUUCUAGGCCCGGUUUCUAGUCAAUGGUCUUGUAUACAAAUAUUGUAAAUAUUAUUAAACAUUGUAGGUAUUUAAAAAGUAUUUAGACAUAGUGUAGGUAGUUGCUAAAAUUCGCACAAUACUUUUUGAAUACCAAUGAGUCGCUCAUUACCAAAUUAGUAUUGUUACACUCAGACCAAAAAUUAACGGUAUCAAUUAUUAUGUUCGACGAUCAAGUAAAAGAUUGUAAUAGGAAAUCAUGAGAACACGAUGUCCGAAUUUACUGCUCGUGGCAGCUGAUAAAAUAAUUACGUUUAAUGAUGUCUGUAUAAGAUUAGCAAUAUUUACAUUAGGUCUAGCACAUAAUUGGGGAGGAUCUGUCAUUUAUUUAUUUUUUAAUAUUGCCGCCUAAUAUUUUUUUUUUUCAUAAAUCAGAGACAAAAUAUUAUAAAACAAAUACAAAAAAGGCAUGUUUGAACAAAACUAAUGUUUUUAGCCUUUACUAUGUGUAAAAUAUAUUUUCUUGAUAAGCUCUCGCGAGUUAUGUGCUAGGGUGUGUAAUAUUAUGUAUAUUCUUUCAUUGGCUUAUUUUAUAUUGUAUUAUGAGAUUGAAUGGAGGUUAUCAUGUGAUAUGUCGCCGGAAUCCGCUAGUCAGCUGUGCCGCAAACUCGCUUAUACUCACUAAUAAAGAAAUGAAUUUUUAA